AUGGCUUUCUACCAGGAUUUGCCCUGGCACGAGGGCGAGGAGCAGAUCGCCAAGAGCAUGGAUGUUCCUCACCUGGACAACCCGACCAUUCCUACUCUGUCUCCUCAACUGGCAAACCAUCUGAGGAUAGCUCCGCUCAUUGCAAUAGGUACUGUUGACGCAGAGAAGCGGCCCUGGGUGACGUUACUCGGAGGACAGAAAGGCAUGUCGCAGCCCCUCGGCAACGGCAUCGUCGGGAUCAAGACCGCAGUCACUGGAAAGUACGACCCCGUCGUCGAAGAGCUUGUCGGCAAAGACACUACAGGAGAUAUCAUCAAGGAAGAAGGUCAAGGUCGGAUGGUGAGUGGCCUGACCAUCGAUCUGGAAACUCGAAAGAGAGUCAAGAUGUAUGGACGGAUGAUUGCUGGAGCUCUCAGUCAGCGAGAAGACGAAUUGACUGGCCACGAGGAGCACAUCGCAGAGAUGCAGCUCGUACUCAAAGUCGAACAGAGCCUCGGAAACUGCCCAAAGUAUCUGAACAAGAAGCAUAUAGAACCUACCUCGGCGAAACCAAGACUGUCAUCGGAUUGGCCACAGCUACCUCAGCAAGCCCUUGACCUUGUAGAGAAGGCCGACUUGUUCUUCGUAUCGAGUGCACAGCAUGAUCAAGAUAUGGAUGCUAACCAUCGAGGCGGGCCGCCCGGCUUUCUUCGAGUAGCAUCGAAUGAGGUGUCGGGAGCUGUACUGAUAUGGCCAGAGUAUAGCGGAAACCGCCUAUAUCAAACGCUCGGCAAUCUCGCUCUCAACCCUGUAGCGGGACUGUGCGUUCCAGACUUUGACACUGGCGAUAUGUUGUACUUGACUGGCACGACAGAGAUUCUGGUUGGCAAAGAUGCUGCUGCUGUGCUUCCACGUUCGAAUCUUUGCGUGAGAUUGACAGUGACUGCCGCUCGCUUCGUCUUAGAAGCUCUGCCGUUCCGCGGUACCCCUGGCGAGCGAUCCCCGUACAAUCCGGUUGUGCGGUUUCUAACGACGGAGAAACCGCCACCACAGUCUGCAACCAGCGAAAUCCAACAAGCCACGCUGAUCAGUCAAACCACAUUGACGCCGACUGUGUCCCGCUUCAGAUUUAGCCUUGAAAACGCAGCCUCCUACAAGGCUGGCCAGUAUGUCACUUUGGACUUUUCAGAACACCUCUUUAUGGGCUACCAGCACAUGGCCGAUGAAGACCCAUGGAGUAUCAAUGACGACUUUGUCCGCACUUUCACAGUGAGCAGUCCACCUGGCGACCCUCCGAAUCCCGUGCGAAAGUUGGAAGAUGAUGAGUUUGAGAUUACCAUUCGGAAGGUGGGCGUGACGACGGACUUCUUGUUCAAGCACCAGGGUGCUGAAAGCGAUCGCAUGAAAUUAGAAAUCGGCGUCAAGGGCUUCGGUGGAGAAUUCGAAGUUCAGCAACAGGAUGGCGAGGAGAAAAUUUGCUUCAUCGCUGCGGGUGUAGGCAUCACACCCAUUCUGCCUUCACUGUGGAGACUCGCCUUCGAGCGAUUGGAAUUGCUCUGGACGAUCCGCAAAGAAGACAUCGGCCUCGUCAUGGACACUCUGGAGCAACAUCCGAACUUGCACCGCAGUUUGCAAAUUUUCGUGACGAACGCAGAGGUGAAUGGAGAAGAGGUGGAGCGAUUGAAGAGCAAGGGGGUCAAUGUGCAAUGCAGAAGGAUGCAAAAGGGUGAUUUGGAAGUUCUGGAUAACGGGCUUUCAAAGUACUAUCUGUGCACUGCGGUGCCUAUGCGGAAACAACUCAUAGAGUGGCUGCCUAGCAAGCAGCUUGUUUUCGAGGACUUCAACUUCUGA